ACAUUAUUUAAUUUUGUUUAUAUCACUCAUACAUAUGGUACUGUAUUGCUGCAUUUUAUUUACAGCCAUAUCAAAUAAUAUGAAAUAAGUUCUUUUCAUAUUGUAAAUUUUAGUGUCUUCAUUUUACAAAUACUGUGCUUAAAUAUUAUGUGGAAUAAUUGCAAAUUUUCUCUGAUUUGGGGAUAUUUACAUAUGUAUUUUAUUUUUCCAUGAGCCUAAGAAUCUUAAGUAUUACAUUGAUUGAUAAUUGUUUCCUUUGUUGCAGAACUAUAAGAGUAAAUGGGUCCAAUUAUUGGAAUGACGCCAGAAAAGAGAGCUGAAACUCCAGGAGCUGAAAAGUUUGCAGGAUUAAGCCAGAUUUACAAAAUGGGAAGCUUGCCUGAAGCUAUUGAUGCUGCCAGGCCAAAGGCCACUCUAAUGGACAGUGAAUCAGCAGAUGAUGAACUCACAAACCUGAACUGGCUUCAUGAAAGUACUAAUCUUCUAACAAACUUCAGCUUUGGAAGUGAGGGUCUUCCAAUUGUUAGUCCCUUAUAUGACAUAGAGGGAGAUGAUGUGCCAUUGUUAGGACCAUCUUGCUACCAGAACCCAGAAAAAAAAUCAGCAACUUCAAAGCCCCCAUACUCUUUUAGUCUUCUCAUUUAUAUGGCUAUAGAACACUCUCCAAAUAAAUGUCUGCCUGUCAAAGAAAUUUAUAGCUGGAUUCUGGACCGCUUCCCAUAUUUUGCUACUGCACCAACAGGCUGGAAGAAUUCUGUUCGACAUAAUCUGUCCCUGAAUAAAUGUUUUCAGAAAGUGGAAAGAAGCCAUGGCAAGGUUAAUGGGAAAGGUUCCUUAUGGUGUGUUGAUCCAGAAUAUAAACCCAGCCUUAUGCAAGCACUGAAGAAGCAACCUCUCCCCUCGGCAUUAACCUCUCCAGAAAGUGGCUCUUUAUCACCUCACUACUUAGGCUCUGUACUCAAGCAGAAUCAGGUGCAAACCCUCAAAGAAUCUGAUAUUGAUGCUGCCACUGCAAUGAUGCUUUUAAAUACUUCUAUAGAACAAGGAAUUUUAGAAUGUGAGAAGCCUCUUUCUCUUAAAACAGCAAUGCAGAAAAAAAGGAGUUAUGGCAAUGCAUUUAAUCAUCCCAGUGCUAUGCGAUUACAAGAGAGUGAUUCUUUAGCCACCAGCAUUGAUCCAAAAGAAGACCACAAUUACAGUGCAAAUAGCUUGGCAGCACAGCGUUGUGCAUCCAGGUCUAGCGUGUCUUCCCUGUCUUCUGUGGAUGAGGUAUAUGAAUUUAUCCCAAAGAGUAGUCAUGUGGGAAGUGAUGGCAGUGAAGGAUUUCACAGUGAAGAAGAUACAGAUGUUGAUUAUGAAGAUGAUCCUCUUGGAGACAGUGGCUACGUAUCACAGGUCUGUGCAGAUAAUCCUGCAAAGGGGCAGCCAGGCAAAAAGAUGCGAAAACAGUCAUGUCAAGAAAUUGAUGAGGAGCUCAAAGAGGCAGCUGGAUCUCUGCUCCACCUUGCUGGAAUUCGUACAUGUCUGGGGUCCCUAAUAAGUACUGCAAAGACACAAAGUCAAAAGCAGCGGAAAAAGUAGAACUACCUAUUAGUGUGUGAAAUUAUUUUAAAGUGUGGCAAUACUCUUCUACUUAAUUCUUUACAAGGGAUAUCAAAGCCAUAUGGACUUAUUUUUGUUUUAGGGUUGGGGAGGGAUGCUAAUUACUUGUUUAUUUCAAAACAUUUUUUUUGUUUGGUUGGUUUUAAUUUUUAUUAAAUAAUUGCAGUUAGGAUCAUACCCAACCAUAAAUAUGAUGUGAAGUCCUAAAAGCAUAAUUUUUGUGAUGUGUCUCCAAUGUUUUGAAAUUUUUAUAUAAGAAAAUCCGUAGCUUCUGUCUUAAACUUGUAGGAUAAAUUUUGAUUCUCUUAAUAGGUCAAAAAUGUAAUAAUUGGCAACUCUAUCUUCUUUUUCAAUCUGUAAUUAACUGCUGAUCUAGCUAAAAAUUAUGCUGAUGUCUUUCUCACAUACUCCCCUCCUGACACAUGCAGUCCAGUAGGAUAUUUGGAUUUUUAUUUUGUCUUAAUUUUUGUUUUCAGUUUUUGUUGUUGAAGCAUGACAAAGUUGAAUAUAAAUUGGAAAAGACCCUAGGUGUCUAGAAAAUUCCUUUUGAUUACACAGGCAGAGAGUACAGCAAAGAUUUGUAAGAUUUAGAAAAGGCCAUUUUGUGGUAUAAUUUUAUCUAAGAGCACUCCAGUUCCUAUUAUAAUAUUAUCUUCGAAAUAUUUUACUUCCCAGCUACUGCAUAGCAUUUACUGAUUUAUUCUUUCCCAGAGUGCUUUGCAACCAUUGUUUAAAUAUUAGCCACUAGCUGUCUUUGUUGAAUAGAAACUAUCCAUUUAGAGGAGAUAGCCAUAGAGUGUGUUAUGGAGUUAACAUCCAUUUUGACACACUUUUUGCAAUAAGAGAAUCUUUUCAUUUGCUUGUACUGCAUUCUGAGAAUCUUGUAGUAGGAAUGGAGUGUAAUCUAGGACAGAUAUUUUGAAUAUUAUUACUUAUGUCAUCAUAAAUAAAGGUAGAUCAUUUAUGAAAAAAACUUCUGUCCAAGCUUUGUAUGAAUUAAAUUUGUAUGUGUACCCAAUUAAAUUAAAAAGGAUAUAACAAAACUAUAGAGACAGAACUAUACCUUUAUGGAUCUCAAAGUUUAUAUAAAAUUAAAUCUUAUACAACAUACCCUUUUGAGGGAGCAGUAUAAUACCUAUUAUGUGCCAUUAAUCCAUGCUGAAAGAUUUUAUAUUACGGUUCCAAAUGUGUGUUGACUGAGGCAUUUUAAGUAUUUGAACAAAUCUGCUUGUAUUAGAUAUUUUUUCAUAUCAUUUGUAUAGUUUGACAAUAUUAUUCAGAAGGUAUAAGGGAUACUAAUAAAACUAAACUUAUUCAUUAUAUAUAUUUUUUUACAAUUGCAGAAGCAACUUUCCAACAUCCUGUUUCUUAGACAAUGAUCUUGUUUUCAUUUUCUGAUAAUUUCAUAUAUACACACAUACAUAUAUAUGAAUAUAUGUAUAUACAUGCACACACAUACAGGUUUAUGAUUUUGAUUUGUUACUUUCAGCUGUUUCUGUGGCUAUAAAGCAUUUUUUUAAUUUUUGUUUUUAAGAGACAAAUAUUUUAACUUGUAAAUUUUAUUAGGGCAAAACUUAUGUUCUGUUUCUAUGUUAAUUGUAAUUGAACCUGGAUAGCAACAUUAACAGAAUCGGUGCUGUUGAAAUUUGGUAAUUUUUAAUUUGCUAAUGAAAAAUAAUCCUUCAGUAUGUAGGAUAAGGUAUUUGGAUUUUUCUUCAUAUAUGUCACAUUUACUACAGAAAGUGGCUAACCCAAGUUGACACCUUUCAUUGUAGACAGUGAAUAUAACACCAAAACUUCCUUUACCACAGUAUAAAAUAGUACACAGAUUCCAAGUCAUCAUUUUAGUAACAGUAUUUUUUAAAUAUUUACCAUGGCCCUCUGGGUAGACCUUAGUAACAAUGUUUCAGUGACCUGGUUCCAGCUUAUUUUGUUCUACUGAAAUUCUGUACCAAAAAUGUUCUCUCUGGUUCUUAUCCAUUAAUUAGAUAAUUAUUCUUUGUAAGUAAAGGAAAGUGGUAUAAGAUAACAAGGGGGAGAAUUGUUCCCAGUUCUAAUAGGGGUCUUCAAAAUUGUUUUGUCUUAAUAUAAAUAACAAUAAUUCUUUAAACUUGAUUUUCUCUCCCUCUUUAUGUACUUACUCUUCACACAGAUUUGAAAGUUGAAGUUACAUUUAUCACUAGUAAGGGCAAUAAACAUGUUUGCACUAAAAACUAACAAAAGUUACACAAUAUUUUACACUUAAUUCUUGUACAGAAUUCAGUGCCUAACUUUCCAUUUGCUGAUUUACCAACAGUUAUUUUAAAGGGGGAAGAACCCUUAUAAUUAUGGUCCCCCCAUUAUUACUUCCAUAGAAUUAUGAUCCCAUUUCUCAGGUGUAUUGAAAUAAAAACAUGGCUUAAUAACCACUCAGUUAAGGAAAGUCGAAGUCCUGUGGACUGGAAAUUGUAUUUCCAAUAAUAUAUCACCAACAAAAUUUACUGUAAUAAAAACAACAACCCUGGAGAAGUAAAUAUUUUCCAAUGUAUUUUAAAGCUGAUUUAAGCUAACUUAUAAUUUGCCUUAUAUCAAUAUAAAUUGUUACAACUAAUUCCAGUUUAUAAAUAGAUCCCUAGUAAAAGUUUUGCCUCAACACAAUCUUCAUCUUUCACAUCCCAAAUAGAAUCAGUGUUUCUUGAAUUCUGUUUUUCAAAUUUGUUUGUGCAAUAUAUUACUAAAUUAGUUAAUAUUUUUUUUAUUUUCAAAGUCAGAAAAAGAAAACAUUACUCGUAUUCAUGGAAUAGUUAAUUAUUGGUGGAUCACCUCCUUUUUUCCACCUUUGAGCCUUUCCUGUUGUCCUUAUAGCCAGCAUGACUUCUUAGGUUCUUUGUAUAUAGUAAAGUUUAGAAUAUAUAUAUUUUUUCUCUUGCUACUUUCUGAGACAUUAGGUAAAGGGUUCAUACUAGAUGGUCAGUUAAACAAUGUUAGCAUGAAUUCAAAGCUAGAGAAAGUGUUAAAGAGGGAAUAUGUGUGUCAUGGUAGACCAGGAGGCCUUUCCCAGCAAUUUAAGCAACAGAUGUGAAUACUUCACAAAUCUGUAAAGACUAUCGUCUUAAAUACUAUAGUAACUUAACCUUUUGUGAAGAACAUAGCAUUUAAAUAACAACUUUGAGGCUUUCUGGUUUACAUAUAUUUUGUAGUUUUUGUUUGAAACGUGUAAGCUUUGAUUUAAAGUUUACUUCAAUAUAUUAAAUGAUGUGGUCAAAAUAUUUAUUGAAAAAGUAGAGUAUUUUAAUGUUAUACCUGCCAUUUUUUUCUUAAAGCAAAUUUUUUUUUUGCAUCUAACUGCCAGUGCCAUUGUCAAAACUUAUUUUUAAAGUGUUGUACAUUUCUUAUUAAACUAAGUGCUUAAUUUUAAAGUAUUAUGUUGCCAUCAUAUAGUGUAUAAAAAUGUAUAAUUGCCAAUUCAUUGUAACUUAUUUAUUUUUAAAGUGUAAGAAUGCUCUUUGAUUCAAGAAAUUUGAAUAAUACUAUUUCCUUAUCAUCUCUUCUAAUGUAGCAUAAAAAUUGCCCUGAGUUUGAGUUUUAACUGCCAGUAGAUGACCAGUCCAAGUGAACCCCUUCUCAGUUGCCAGUCUUUGCUGAUACUAAAAACAACUUAACAAAUGUUUAGUUUUUGUAUCUAAUCUCUGAUUAUUAAAAUGUUUAUAAAGUUUAUUUUUACCAAAGAGAUGCAAUUCAUUAUGAUAAAGUAUUGCAGAAUAAACCUUGUUUUAUAACA